UUUUUAUCAAGAUAAAUAAUUUUACGCUUCUAACGAUCCUCUCGCAAAUUUCCGUUCUCAACUCUGUUCUUUCUCCGCACCACUCUUCCCUCGUGAUCUUCGCAUCUCUUCGACAUGGCGAGAGGCGUAUCGCAAUCUCAAUCAUCAACGUCCGCUGCCACCACGCGACCGGGCGUGAUGGCUCCCCGCGGCUCCGCUGCCGCCACCGCCGGGAUGCGCCGUCGCCGCCUCGGAGCCGGUAACAGUUCCGCUUCCGUCGGAAGCGGUUCCGGCACAGGAGGAAGCAACAUGCUGCGGUUCUACACCGACGACGCUCCCGGCCUCAAGAUCUCGCCAACGGUGGUGCUCGUGAUGAGCGUCUGCUUCAUCGGCUUCGUCACCGCGCUGCAUGUGUUCGGAAAGCUCUACCGUUAUCGAUCCGGCGCCGCCGUAUGAUUCCACUUCCAGGUCAUGGAUCUGACGGUGACCGGUUCCUUGGAUCACGAAAUCCGGUUCUCGUCUCGGUAUCCGAAACCUUCGCUUUUUAAUUUACGCGCUACUUUUUUAAUUUUGUAAAUCUUCCUAGGGCUUGAUUAGGCUUCCUGUUUCUCCUAGCUGUGAAAUGAUUGGAUCUUCUUCUUGCUGUUGAAGGAAGUCGCAUUUCGCCUUUCCGUGAAAAGCAAUCUCUUCAUUCGUUUAUUAUUUUUUUAAUUCAUUCCAUUGUUACACUUUUUUGCUUAAAUUUCCAAAAAGAAAAAAAAUAACGGUUGCGAUUUUAGCCGUUUCUGUUA